AUGGAUACCGCUGGCUCCCUUCUUGCGCGCGCGCACCAACUCUAUGCCGCGCACUCCGCCGAAGAACUGUACGCCGCGCACCAACUGCAUGCGAGAAGCGGAGGCAUGGGCGGCGACCCGUCCUCGCGACCAGGGUCGUACAAGAUUAUCGGCAUAUGUCUGGCAAUCGCAUCUGGCUUGUUCAUCGGCGUGUCCUUUGUGAUCAAGAAGCAUGGACUGUUACAGGCCAACGAGAAGUACAAUGAAGAGGCGGGCGAAGGGUAUGCAUACCUCAAGAACGCGUGGUGGUGGCUCGGCAUGACGCUCAUGAUACUGGGAGAGGUCUGCAAUCUGGUCGCAUACGCUUUCACAGACGCCAUCCUGGUAACGCCGAUGGGUGCGCUCUCCGUCGUCAUUUGCGCCCUUCUCUCCGGCAUCUUCCUCAAGGAGCGGCUCAGCUUUGUAGGCAAGGUCGGCUGCUUCAACUGUAUCGUCGGGUCGGUCAUCAUCGCUCUCAGCGCUCCAGAACAGUCGUCCGUGGCAUCGAUCCAGGACAUGAAGAAAUGGGUCAUUGCGCCAGGCUUCCUCAGUUUCGCUGGUGUCAUCAUCGUCGCCUGCACCAUCAUCGCCCUCUACUUCGGUCCCAAGUACGGAAAGAGGUCGAUGAUGGUUUACCUGACUGUAUGCAGUCUGAUUGGUGGUCUCAGUGUCGUCGCAACCCAGGGUCUGGGCGCGGCUGUUGUGGCGCAAGCUUCAGGGUCGCACGGCGGUCAGUUCAAGGAGUGGUUUCUCUACGUCCUGCUCGUGUUCGUUGUAAUCACAUUGCUGACCGAGAUCAUUUACCUCAACGGCUUCAAGGGAACCCCGAUUCAGAUCAUCACAGUCAUCAUGGGUUUCUUGCAGAUCUGCUCGGGUGUCGUACUCCUACAGCUCUCGAAAUCAGCCAAGGACGUUCCAGACGCCGCUGUGUUCAAGGGCGACCUGGAUCAGGUGCGAACAGUGGCCGAACAGGAAGAGCCCGAGUAUGAGCCUCGAGCAGACGCCAUUCGUGGUGGCAGUGCCAUUCUGCGUUCACUUAGUACGGCGCGAUCGCACAGGGAGCUGCAAGAGGCCAAGAGGAUCAAGGAAGAGCACAUGCAGGUCAUCGGAGAGGGCGAGGCUGUAGAGUUUGACGGCAUAAGAAGACGAAAGACCAUCAUCGACCCCAACCGACCACCCACCCGCACCGGCACAGUCGUCACGAGGACGGUCCACCCGCCUCUUGGUAUGACCCACUUCCCUGGAGACGACUCAGACGACGACAACAGCAGCUUCCACCCCGGCUUCUUCGAGCGUCUACGGUCUCGAGGCAAGUCGAACGCCAGCCGCGCCAGCUCGUCCGGUGUUGGCAUGACACACUUGCCACCCAUCCCCACAGACGGCGCCUCCGACCACGUCGACCCUCUCUCGGACAAGGACUCCUACAAAAACGCCAUGCACCAAGACACCUCCUACAAAACACACAUCCAGUUCGCCGAACUCCCUCCCAUCCACAACGACGACACGCUCUACCCCCCAAAACCACCCCAACACAUUGCAAAACGCCAGUUCUCAUUCCAGAACGUCUUCCACCGCAACCGUGGCGACUCCGAAACCUCAGCCUCGGGCAGCAGACGACCUGUGAGUAGGAAUAGCAGGAAGAGCAGCCGCGAUGGGUCCAAAGCCGCGCCGGGCACCGAAGAAGAAAGACUAGGCCUUGUCAAGGGCGACUCGAGCCAUCUCAUGCGUAUCCAGAGUCGGGGGAGCGAUGAGCUGAACCCGCCGGGGUACAGUGACGAUUGGGGGAUGGGUGGGAGACGGGCAGACAGUCCGGGGGUUAGCCCGAGUCGAUUGCCGAUUGCGGAUGCACACAUGCAUGGGCAUAAGGAUGGGAUUGAGACGCCGGAUAUUGAUCCCAGGGAUGAUGGGAGGUAUGAGUCGAGUCGGAAGCCUUACUCGGGCGCUUUCUUGUAG